AUCACUCACUUGUACUCUGUGGUUUCUCGUUUACUGACUGUUCACUUUCACUUUUUAUGUUGUCAUCACCAGACGACAAGAAUACCAUUCUAUCUAUAAUUGUUGCAUAUUCCUUAUUUGGUUCCUUUUACUGAAAGUUUGUUGUUUGUUAGGAUAAACAGUUUCGUUGAGCUAUAUUUGAAUAAAUAACAGUGAACAUGAAAAAUAACGACCCCAACGAGAAUCGAUAUAAAUCAGACGAACCUCCUCAUUCUAGAUUGUUUAUAGUUUGUAGCAAAAAUGUUACAAAACAACAUUUUGAAGAAGCAUUUGAAAAGUUUGGACAUAUUGAGGAAAUAUGGAUUGUUAAGGACAAACAAACUGGAGAUCCAAAAGGUGUCGCCUACAUCAAGUUUUCCAAAACUUCGGAAGCUGCCUUGGCUAGGGAAAAUAUGAAUGGAGAAGUUCUAUCAUGUAGUUCUCGACCGUUGAAAGUCAUGAUUGCGUCAAGCCGAGAACAAGGUUCGAAAAAAGAUGAUGAUGACGACAGAUUUCUGAGAUUAUUUAUUGUUGUUCCGAAAAAGGACACCGAAGCGGACAUCAAAAAGUAUUUUGUAAAGUUUGGGGAUAUUGCUCACGUUAAACUUGUAAAAGAUAAUUCCACCGGGGAGAGCAAAGGAUUCGCCUACGUCAAAUAUCACAGAAUGUAUUCUGCCGCAAAAGCCUUCGAAGAGUGUGACCGCAGUUUCCGAGCAGUGUUUGCCAGACCCAAAGAGUGGAACAAGUCAGUGGUUGACGAGCGAUACAGCCAGUCACCUGCAGGGUCAGCCUACUACGACCGACACAUUGCUGCAUACCAACACCACCAAAUCCCCAGUCGACCUGGAGAUAUCAUCAACAACUUCCCGAAUCCUGAGGGAUAUACGAAACUAUCAGUGGUUGCACCAAUUAAUAUUGCUCAAAAUCUUAUCUCACAACUUUUCAACACUGUCCCAGGCAUGGAAAGGAUUUACAACGUUAAGGCCUCUUCAGUAAAAUUGUUUGUUGUGCAAUACAGUUGUCCGCAAUCUGCCGCUUAUGCGCUGCAAAAGCUGAAUGGCUUCGAGUAUCCUCCCGGCAAUCCACUGGUGGUCAAACCUGAGAAUGAUUGCAAUAGCUCACCACCUUUCUACAAUUCCGACUCACAUGGUCCUUAUCAUAGCAUGUUGGUAAAGAGUGAUGAGUGUGCGCCUGGUGGCCCAAUGUCCAGUGAGAUAGCUACCCUGACCAAGGCGUUGUCUGAAGCCACCCAGAUCAUCAAAGCUGCUGGUCUAUUGAAUAAUGGUUUGGGAGCGGAGAGUAGCAGCGACCCGCCCUACUGCUCUGUAGCGCUGCCAUCACCCAAGCCCGUCACCCCACACAACACCAAAGCUGAUGAAAGGUUAUUUGUGGUGUGUCAACCAGCAGCGCCACCCAUUCAGGCUCUGUGGGAUGCAUUUGGCCGCUUCGGUGACCUCAUAGACGUCACAGUACUCAAUGGCAAAAACUACGGCUAUGUUCUCUACGCUUCAAAAGCCAGCGCUCAACAAGCUAUUGAUACCCUCCAUGGUCAAGUUUUAUGCAAUUCAAGAUUGAAAGUGAUUUUGGCUGAUCCACCUACCAAUCGUGAAAGCAGAAAGCGGCAAAGGAUUGAUGACAACUAGGCAGACUAUAAUUAGUGACGUUGACUGCUUUCAGUGACAGAACGAAUGAUACAAACUAAUAAUACAGUGUGACGAUAUCGAAAAAGGUGACUUUACAAAAAGACUAGAUGCUAGUUUUACUGUUUACUAUCUAGACAAGUUUUUUACUAGUUUUAAAAGGUGACAUCACAAAAAAGACUAGAUGAUAUUCUUACUAUUUACUAUCUAGACAAGUUUUACUAUCGUUGUUGAACAUAGAUCGAUCGAAGCAUAUUCUAUUCAAAUUAAGUUACUUCACAUAGAACAUUCAUUACUUUACGAUUCUACUCGACUUCAAACUACAAGAUCAACUUUGUAUUUCAACUACUGGGCUAACAACUUGAAACUUUUAGCUAACAACUAUUAACAACUUGAAACUAUUAUAAUAUAUAUACGAUACCUUGACAAGAAGUAAGUUGACCAUUGAUACAGUUACGACUCCAUGACUAAUGACUGAGUCUAUUGGCCUCUCAUCAAUAUUUGCUUUCUUUGUCUGAAAUUCGUGUUUUCUAUCCCUUCUUCAAGAAAACGUAGGUAGCUGCGGUGAAAAUCCUAUUCCUAUUAUUUAUUGAUAUGAGACCUAUGAGGGUAUCAAUUAUCUUCCAUUUUCAUGUUCUCUUUAUAAUCGUUAUUUAUCUUGUAUUAAUCAUUCUCUUGAAGAGAAGACCAUCUCAACGGUCUAACAGUUCAACUAGUGAGACGUCCAGUACUUACGUUCAAAAUAUUUAACGUACCUAUUCAUUUGUAUUAUUUGUACUUGAAUAUUCUAUAAAUGUGUGUUUGCAUGUGUUUUUUUAUCCAUGUUCUACUUGAGAAUGUUCAAAAUAUGAAAUAUUUCGUCUAUAAUUUAUUUUUUGUCCCUUAUUUUUGAUUUUUGAAAUCACAAUGAAAUUGUCUGUUUUUCUCUGUUUAAUAUAGUUUAUUACAAUUUGUUGUAAGCCAGAUUUUAAAUACAUUUACUUUACAAU